UAGAUACCACCCUGCCUCUGAAUAAUGAUAAUAAUGACCAAGAUGGCUACUUCAAAAUCUUCUCUGUAGUAGCUAAACACCAGUUUCAUGGAAAUACUCAAACUUGCGAUUUAUUUAUGUUUAAGAACCUCGUAGGCGGCGGGGCAGAGCCACGGAAAAUACUACAUGGAUUAAAGCGGGGGAGAAGGGACUAAAGUCGCUGUGUGGCCCCGGAGGAGUCAUUCCGAAGAAGCUAACUAGCUAGCAGCACCCGUCGAGACUCUCCGGCUCUCUCCCAGCAGCUGCCGCUCCCUCCCCCGGUCCGUGUGCCCGCUCACCGGAGUAGCAGAGCGCCAAAUGGCAGAGCCGAGGAAAGUGCCGUUCGUGACCAUCUCUUCCUUCAGCGCCCCGCCGCCGCCGCCCCAGCAGCAGACCCCGGAGCCCAACAAGAAGCGCCGCCUUGAGGACGAGGCCGCCGACAUCACUUUGGGGAAAGAUGGAGGUGGAGGUGUAGCGGCGGCCGGGUCAGGAGGUUCCGGAGCGGCGUUUGGCAACACGAAGGGAGGCGACACCGACGGCGGGCAAACGAAGCCCACCGUCCGCCUCAACCUGACGCUGAGCGAGCCGAACGAGAGGAGCUCAUCCGAGUUCAACUACGGCGAGCUGGUCCAGCCAACUGCUGCUCAGGUAAAGCCUGCAGGUUCAACUGUACCUAAAGGCCUCACUCCCCCCCUGGACCCCAGCGACCCUUUUGCUGACGACGAGAAGGAGAGGCGGGAGGUGGAAGAGCUCGCCAGGAAAUUUGAGAGCAAAUAUGGAGGCGCCACUAAAAAGAAGAAAAAGGAUCGGAUGCAGGAUCUCAUUGACAUCGGCUAUGGUUACGAUGAAACGGACCCCUUUAUAGACAAUUCAGAAGCUUAUGAUGAGCUGGUGCCAGCCUCUCUCACCACAAAACACGGAGGCUUCUACAUCAACACGGGCACUCUGCAGUUCAGGGCAGCGUCUGACUCUGAAGGGGAAAACACAAACACAGAGGAUCAUCGCUUCAAGAAGAUGAAGGACGGGGAAGAGCGAGUGAUUAAGAAGCGACGGAAAAAGCAAGAUGGUGGAUUAUUGGAGGAGAAGAAACCCAAGAAGAAUAAAGUGCCGAAGCCUGGCGUUUUGGCUCUGAACGUUCUCCGGCCAGAGAAAAAGAAGAGGAAGAAGCUGAUGAAGGAUUCGCUGCACCUGGCCAACAUGCUGCGCCGCUUCACCAGGGAGAAGGAGGAGAUGCGCAAGAAGAACCUGGCGGCCGCAGCCUCUCUGCCGCGACCCAACACCAAAGUGCCCGGCGCCAACAGCGCGGUUGUCAGCGCCCACCCGAAAGCCCCCGUCAGCGGCGCCGACUGCGGCAUCACGGACCUGACCGAGGACCAAGCCGUCAUGUCGCUCCUGGGCUCCGCCAACAACGACAUCCUGCAGGACAUGAUGGGGGACCUGGACUUCGGGAUGCUGGACUCGCCUCAGCCUUGCAGCCCCUCGCAGGGGGAGAACGGGUCGUUUGGGUCGGGUCAGAAAACGGGUCGAUUGUUGCAGGGCAACAUGAUGACCCCUCCUCCUCCUCUUCCCUGCGGGCUGCCAGGUCCGCUCUCAAAGCGGAUCGAGGACUUGAGAGCGGCGUCCCGUCAGUUUGACGAGGAAGGCAGGAAGAAGUUCUUCACGCUGGAUAUGAACAACAUCCUUCUAGACAUCGAGUUGCAGGUUCAGGAGCAGCCUGCAGAGGUGCGCUCGGCCGUCUACUCUCACCUGGAGGCCUUUGUGCCCUGCAAUAAAGAAGCUCUGCUCAAACGCCUUAAAAAGCUCAGCCUCAACGUGCAGGACGACCGGCUUAAAGCGCCCCUUCUGAAGCUGAAACUAGCCGUGUGCAGCGUGAUGCCGGAGCAGAUCGCUCGCUACAACAUGGACUGCAUCGCCAAAGUGGCAAAGCAGCAGUCUGAGGAAGGAGACAAAAACGGGUCAGAAGACGACGAUGAGGAGAAACCCGGGAAAAGGGUGAUGGGGCCCCGGAAAAAGUUCAUCUGGGAUGACAAACUCAGGUCAUUGCUGUGUAACUUGGUGCAAGUGAAGCUGGGCUUCUAUGAGCUGGAGGGCAAGAACUCGCUGUCCCUAGAAGACUACCUCAAAGCCUUCAUGGAGACGGAUGUGAAGCCUCUCUGGCCGAAGGGCUGGAUGCAAGCCAGAAUGCUGUUCAAAGAGAGCAUCAUGGUUCACGGUCAUCUAACCGGCUUUACAGCAAAGAAAAAGAUGGUUCCAACCCCGAAAGCCAAGCCAAAGGAAGUAACGUGGGUUCAGCGCCCCACCCCUUCAGUGGGGGCCACACCGUCCCCCGCUGCCCAGGUUGCCAAGCGACCUCCUCACUCGCCGCCAGGGACCAUAUGCCUGGACUCCCUCGACGAGGCUCCCUCCCUGGACUCCAUCUCUCAGGCCCUGGCCAUCCUCGGCAACGCGGCCAAGGGUUUGGCUCAGGGGGACACUCCGCCUUCGCCGGAGCGACCCAAGACCUCCAGCAACGCCCCCAGCCUGCACGCCUCGCCGCUCCUCCAGACGCAGAAGAAGAACCCCGUCAGUACUCCCAGCUCCAGCACACCUCACUACAUCUCUACCUCUUCAUCGCCCUCCCCCUCCCUGUCCCGGCCCGCCGCGUCCUCUCUGACCUCCGUGAGGGUGGAGGGGGCGGGGCUUGUUAAGGGCACGCCGCAGCAGAACAGACACACGGUUCUGAACACUCAGAGACCUUUAAGCGUGGGCGUGAGCAAAGCAAACAUGCCCGUUUCAGUUUCUCCGCCGAAACCACGUCCUCCCCCCACCGCAUCUCCGCUAGUGGCCCCGGGACCGAAGGCGGGGGUCUCCGUCUCCCCCUCCGGCCUCCUCAAAGGCAGCAAUAAUAAAUCCACCAGUGGGGACACCAUCAUCAUCACUUCAACGUCGUCUCGGCCGCACACCCUCACGACGCCAUCGCUCAUCAAAACCUUCCAGACGUCCCGCCUGCCCCAGAUCAAACCCCCCACCUCCCUCCCGCAGACCCAGCCUCAGCCGCAGUCUAACUUCAUCACCCCCAUGCACGCCACCCUCACCAAGUCAACCCACAGCAGCAUCCCACCCAUCGUCAAGCUCACCCCCCGUGCCCCCACCCCCGCCGCCCCCUCCUCCACGUCCUCGGCCUCCGUCCCUCAGAACCCUCGCUCUCAGGCAGCGCCCGCCGUACACCAGUACACUCCCAAAACCCAGGCCAGCUUCCGGCCGCCGUUCUCAGGUGCUUCAGGGGGAGUCGCCAAGUCGGGUCAGGGCAGCUACACUCCUCAAAGCGGCCAGAAGACCCCCGGUGUCAUCAGCGCCACCAACACCAGCCUUAUAAACACCUCAUCUAUGAGCAAGCAUUCAGGAAGCAGUGCCUCCAUGGCAGCAGCCUCAGCGACCCCGGGCCAGCGUCAGCGCGCAGUGGGCGGGGCACCUCAGGGGGCCAAGCCAGUGGUGUCUGUCCCGCUGUCCUCGGUCUCCUCUCAGCUACCGCAGGUUUCCACGACAGGAAACGCCGGUCUCCUUGGCUCCGCCUCCUCCCUUCCCCUGGGCUUCGGGAUGCUGGGGGGCCUGGUGCCCGUAUCGCUGCCGUUCCAGUUCUCCCCCAUGCUGAACCUGUCCCAGCUGGGCAGCGGACCCUCCAACACGGCGACCAGCAGCUCGGCGGCCAGCAGCAGCGCCGCCUUCUCCACCUUAACCCAGAAUCUGUAUAAGAGUCUCCAGUCAGGGUCUCAGGUUGCUCUGCCUCCUCACUUGCAGCUCGCUUUCUCAGAUGUCGGUCAGAGCCAGGGAGGCGACACUAAGAGGAAGACUCUAUGAUCCGAGUGGACUUGGUCACCCGUCUAAUAAUGCAAAGGAGGGGAGGGGCAGAUCUGGAAUAGAUCAUGUUUAAUAAGGGUCUGGAAUCCAGUAGGCUUCACCUCAGCAAAUCUUAGAAUCACAUUUUUAAGACUAUUUUAUAACUCUUUUUUUAGAGCUGGCAGAUAGUUUGUCAAUGUUUACAAAACCGACCUUUAACACUGUGGACGGGGAGUAAUGAAUGGGUUGAGUGUAGACAUGUCUGGACUGUGUGCCUUUUGGACGUCUCCCACUCUGAUGCAUGGUCAGUUUGUCUACUCGGUGCUGUUUUUGGUUAUAAUAAUGUAAUUAUCACUGAAAUCUGUAAGAAUUGUAAACUGCAAAAUGAAUUUGAGCUUUUUUUUUUUAAAGAGAUGUACAUGUUUUUAAAUGUACUUGAAUAAUUUGAGGGAUUGUUUCUGUAUAGACCGUGAGUUGAAAGAAAAUCCUAAUGAUGCUAUCAUUAAAUAUUUCUGCCAAAGGUUUGACAACCUGGCUUAAUAGCACAGCAGACGCUGUCAUGGUGCAUUCAAGUACACCUUGUAAAUGUAAAAAUGUAUUUUGAAAUGCUCUUUGAAAUAGUAAAAGUUUUUUUUUUUUUA